CUCUGUUGAGUGUUAAACUGUGAACAUGCACCUACCUGACGCAAGUUGUUAAUUAACUCUCCUCACCAAACAGGAAAGAGGGAGCUGAAAGACGAGCCAACACAGGAGCACCACCGAGCACGGCAGCAUUUCCUUAGCGAGUGUCCUCUGCCAAGAUGUUGUCCGAAGGAGGCUCUUUCAUGAAGGGGAUGGUCAUGGGAGGCCUCUUCUGCUUGGUGCUGUCGCUCCUGGGUAGUUUCAGCCCCGGCAUGGAGUCCAGGACAGACGACCAUCAUCACCAUCACGUCAAGGCUCCAAGUAAAGACGAGCUGACACGCCUUUCUGACAGUCACAUGCAGGAGUUGAGCAAUCAAGUCCGGGUGUCUUGCAUCAUCAUGGUCCAGCCCAAGAUCCUUGUUUACUGGGCCACUGCGGUGGACACCUGGAGCAAACACUGUGAUAAGGCUGUGUUUUACACCUCUGAGUCAUCUAAGGCACUUGAGGCAGUGGACCUGAAUGAAAAAGAUGACUGGGCGAGGUUACGUAAAGCCUUGAAGCACGCUUAUGAGAACGCCGGAGACCUGCGCUGGUUCUUUGUGGCACAAGCUACCACGUUUGCCAUCAUCGAGAACCUCAAGUACCUGGUGCUCGCAAAGGAUCCCAGUGAGCCCUUCUACCUGGGCAACGCUAUGAAGUCAGGGGAGCUUGAGUAUGUGUCGUAUGAUAGUGGCAUUGUUCUCAGCUACGAAGCGCUGAAAAGGUUAGUGCGUGUGUUCGAGGACGAAGACAAAUGUCCAGAAAGAGGGCGUGCCCUGUGGAAGCUGAGCGAGGACAAGCAGCUGGCCGUGUGUCUCAAAUAUACAGGUGUCUUCGCAGAAAACGGUGAGGACACACACGGAAAGGGCCUGUUCAACAGCAAGAGUGUGAACACCCUGAUAACGGACAGCAUGAAGGAUAACCCCACUAAUGUAGUGGAGGGCUGCUGCUCCGAUAUGGCAGUCACAUUCAACGGGAUGUCACCGAAUCAAAUGCAGGUUAUGAUGUUUGGAGUUUACAGACUUCGUCCUUAUGGCCACGACUUUCAUGACUCAUUAGUAUUUAACCCUCCUGAAGGCUCAGAUAAUGACUAGAGACUCAUUCCUUCAAGAUGCACGUGGCAUUUUAAAUGUUUUGCUUCUAUGAUGGCAAACCUAACUGUGGGGAGAUGGUUUUCUAAUUCUGUUUCUUAAACUGGAUCCUGGGUGGGAGUAACACUUGUUUGUAUAUUUGUACCUUUUGCACAUGGCACAAUCAGCACCCCAUUGUGGUGUAGGUAAACAGUCUAUGGGUGUGCCGUCCUUUUGAAUGAAGGUAGAGUUUGGACGUAUGUCAAACUCGUGACAUGGGACUAGAUUAUCUGGAAGUUUUGGUUAUUGUUAUCUUAGAUGUUUGUCUUUCUGUGGUCUUAAAGCUGCAUUAGAGUCAUCAGAUGAUGACUAUUUUCUGAAAAGUUUCUGAAAUGAUUUAAUUGUUCAAAGUGCUUCUCCAUCUCAACCACAUUAUUAAUCUCAUUUCUCUGGUUUUGAAACCUCUGAGAAUAGAGAGAGCUCAUCACCCAGCUGAUUUAAAGAUUGUGUGAAAGCACCAGUAAUCAAGGGUCAGCUUAGGCUCGGCUCUAAGUCGAGUGAAGAAUACGAAGAAUUCGUCAAUACAGCUAAAUGGAAAUUACUGUACCUCAAUGCUGACAUCCAGGUAAAGUGUAUUUCUGUUACCACACAUUAAAAAAAGACCAAAAGAAACUUCCACUGAUAUUUUAAAAACACGGCUCCUUCAAAAUAAAAAGUGACUUUUGGAUAAUAACAUUAAUUUCUGAUUAAAUAUAAAGUAGUUUUCUAGUGUUGAUCUACAGACAACUGUUUAAAGUUUAGUGUGUAGGAUUUAGAGGUGUCUGUUGGCAGAAAUGGAAUAUAAUAUUCAUAAUCAUGUUCCCAUUAGUUUAUAUUCACCUCAAACUAAAUCAUGGUUUCAUUACCCUAAAAUGAAUCGUUUACAUUAACUGACAUGAACAGACAAACCUAACACUGGCUCUAGAGAGGGCCAUUUUCAUUUUUGUGUCAGCCACUGUAGUUCUCCUACACACUUGGCACACGGGAGAAAUUUCAGUUCUGCAACCUUUCCAUUUGAUGUUGUUUAAUGCUUCACACCAGACCUUAAAGUAAGACCCAAAAAUCAGUGGAAAUGUCAUCGUUCCACUUAUUUUAAAAAAAAAAAAAACUCUGGAAAAAAAAGUGACUUUUGGAUAACAAAAUAAAAUUAAUUUAAUGCAGUUCUGUGGCGUUGACUGAUCCAACAAUGACUGUUUAAAAGGUGAGAAUGAGCACUGGCUCCAGGUGUAUAAGUUGUCAAGAAUACUGUGAAUGAUUUUUGAUAAAUGGAAAUAUUUUUUACAGUUAAGACUGCUUUGUUAGGCUGAACAAAUUCCAUAUAAUGUUGUGAAUGUACUCCUUCCCUCUUUUUAUGUUCUGCCGUGACCACCGUGUUGUUUUAUCUUAAUGUUUUUCUGCUGUCAGAUAAGAAAAGAAUAAAAUAUUACAGCUGUCAUUGA